UGCUGAAACGUGCAGCAGUGAUGGUGAUAAACAGCUCCAGUCCACUCUGUUGUUGUUGUUUUUAAUACGUGUAGACGUCCAUGUAACCGCAGCACAGCUAUGACUAUGAGCCACUCAGCUUCUUUAUCGAUCUGAUUGAUGCACAGGAGAUUGCAUCGCUCUCAGUGGUAAACGGCAACCCAUGACCUUUUGACCCGUGUAUGUGCACGUUUGCCAGGUCACGUGAGCCUUCCCCGAGUCCACAUGAGUCCUAUUUUCUCUUUGAGCCGGGCUGAGCGCUAUGCCUGACCGGGACACUUCCUACCAGUCAGGUGGUGUUGGGAGUGCUGCUAGUCUGGGGGAAGAAGGGGGGCCCGGGUCCGGUCUGGCAGGGGGCUCAGGAGACGGCAGAGGAGCUUCAGGGGGAACCGUUGGGGGGAUCGUCUCUGGAUCGGGGGCCAUGGGUGGUGGAGGAGCGCUCGGAAACAGCAAUGGCUGUGGGAACGGUGGAGGCGGGGGGCAAGGUGCGGGACUGGCAUUGGACGGCGUCUGUAGGGACUUCAUACGCAAUGUCUGCAAGAGAGGAAAGCGUUGCCGCUUCAGACACCCGGACUUUAAUGAGGUGCCAGACUUGGGAGUGCAAAAGAAUGAAUUCAUCUUUUGUCAUGACCAUCAGAAUAAAGAGUGUAUGCGUGCCAACUGCCGCUUUGUCCAUGGAUCUAAAGAAGAUGAGGACUACUACAAGAAAACAGGAGAGUUACCCCUUAGACUAAGGGGGAAGGUGGCAGCACGACUUGGUCUGUCCCCGAUGGAUCUGCCCCAUAGCCGAGGAGAGGUUCCUAUCUGCAGAGACUUCCUCAAGGGAGAGUGCCAGAGAGGCAACAAAUGCAAAUUUCGUCACGUUCAAAAGGACUAUGAAUAUGAACCUUCCAGAGCUGGAGUGGGUGGUGUAAUAGGACAGGGGGCCAGUGGAGUGGUGAAUGCUGGAGGAGGGAUAGGCGGGGGAGGAAAUGCCUUUGGAGGAAUGCAAGGGCUUGUGGGGGGUGGGAGUGGUGGUAAUAUGAUGGGGACAGGUUGCCCCAGUUUGGGGGGUUGUAGAGAUCCAGGUAUCCCAGGGGUUGGGGGAGUAGGUGGAGGUGGGAUGAGCGGUUGCCUGUCUGUCAAUUCUGCAGGACAGCGACGAUAUGAGAGGAACCCCUGCUCAGUGUACGACCCUCUGCUUGAGAGCGGGUUGUUUGAGGCCGGUUCCUUGGAGGCGUCAAUGGACCACACCACUCUACAGUUGAAGAGGCGGCGGUUGGAAGGGCUGCGGCUCGCAGACGGGAGUGGAGCUGGGCAUUAUGAGUUGGGGGUUCAAGCGGCCUUGACGCCUCGCCCUCUAGAAUACAGAUUCCUCGAGGAAGAAAAUGCCCUGCUGAGGAAGAGGGUGGAAGAGCUGAAGAAGCAGGUUUCCAAUCUCAUUGCGACAAAUGAGGUUCUCCUGGAGCAGAAUGCCCAGUUCAGGACCCAGACCAAGGUGAUGACGCUGACUUCCACUCCUGCACCUGCUGAGCAGAACCUGGUGCCCCCUGUGGGUGCAGUGAGCUCCUACAAUCACAGCAUCGCUCAGACUCACACAACUCUGAGCAGUGCAGGGCUGCAGCCUCGACCCGUCACUCAACAAGACCUGGUAGCUCCCACCGGCGCUCCGGCUGCACCCCCAACCAACGCAGCUCCACCCACAGCUCCCCCACCGCACCUCAACCCUGAGAUUACCCCACUCUCAGCUGCCCUCGCACAGACCAUCGCCCAAGGAUUGGCACCACCUGUUUCUAUGGCACAAGUGGCUGUAUCCGUGGCACCAAUAGCGGUGUCCAUGACGCAGCCUAUGCCCAGCAUCACCAUGAGUCAUGCCACCACUCCAAUGGUGUCAUACCCCAUUGCAAGUCAAAGCAUGAGGAUCACGACCCUUCCUCACUGACAAAGUUCAGUUUCCCUGACCAAGAGGGUUUUCUAGGUGGGAUUUUUAAGGAUGUGAGCUUCCUUUAUUUGUUUGAGACUGAGCCGAUCACAGAACUGUGACAGCAGUGAGAUCAAGACUUUUAUAUUUCUCCUCCAGAGAGAGGAUAAAUAUGUUCCUCAAAGGGAAAGUUCGUUUUUUU